CACCAAACAGCGAGUGAUGACCAUUGUACUCGUCUGUAUGGUGUACCUUGUAAUCUUUCUCACUGUGAAUUAUUCCCAAGGCAGCAUAAGGUCACUCCUGAAGGUCGGCAACAGAGAAAGUGUUUCAGUAAUAAAGCCAAAUAACGUUACUAAUGACAUGCUGCCGAUCCACCACGAGUAUGUCUCCACAGUAAACAAUGAGGCAGCAAGGAACAUCAAUUUGGAGAAGUAUGCUGUUAAAAACAUUGAUGACAACAUAGAGAUCACAAACUACAGUAACACUGAUAUGCAGCAUAACUAUAGUGCUACAGUGAAGGAGGUUAAUGGUAUUAUAUUUUCCAAUCACACCAACAUGAAUCCAGAUCUAGUUAUAGUUUUAUCUUCGAACGAUCAUGAAACUCCAGCAGUUGUUUAUAAUAAUAAUAAUAAUAAUAAUAAUAAUAAUAAUAAUAAUAAUAAUAAGAAGAAGAAGAAGAAGAAGAAGAAGAAUAAGACUCUACAAGUUUCUCUUACAAGACUACAAGAGGCUGCGACAAGUACUGUCACCGAGGAACAACAAACAACAGAGGUUCCCGGGGAUCAAGUAUCGGGCCCAGGUGCCUCUCACGAAGAUGAAGAAACAGAUGCAGCUUCCGUGGUCCCAGCAGUAACCCCAGACGACCAUCUGGUCCUGGAUAUCACUGUCAACAUGACAGGUGUUGCUCUGACUGUGGACGGUCGCCAGGUUUACUCUGACCUGAACCACACCGACACUAUGGAUGAAGAACUUUUCCGCCUCCACGCUGGUCUCCAUCUGGUCACCCUGCACCAGGUCACAGGUCGGGUCAUGGCCGCACACUCCUACAUGACCUGGCAAGUCAGUCUUGAUAAAUAUUUCCUCAAAGCUUUGGCAGACAUCCAGGAAGGCCGCCUCUUGGUCAUCAUGGGCGCACCAGAAUUCACGACAUUCUUGAAGACGACGACAAUACGGGUGCUGGAGGAGAUGGGCGCCCUCUACAUCGACAGGUUGGCCUACAAGGACGCGUGGUGCCUGCUGGUGCACAAGGGCGGCGGGGUGCUGCUCGAGGCCCUCACCACCUCUCUCCCAAAACAUAACAUAACUCUCUCCCAAAACAUGACUGAGCUGGACGUCUCGCCGCUCAGUCUUCACGUCUCAGUUCCUCGCAUGCAAGAAAGGGUGUGUGGAUGGCAUAGAGUAACAGGGAUGCAGGAGAGGGCCGCCUUCUGUGAAACUUUUGAAGGUUAUGGUGACUUCUGCAGUUGUGACGACCCACCCUGGUCGCCCCUCCCAAAAAUUCCGGUGGAGUACGAGAUGAAGGAGGUGAUCCCUGUGGCCAUAGUGACAGCUCGCCGGCUGCCCCACGUCCUGCGUCAGGUGGGGCAGGUGUGGGCCAGCCCCGGCGGCACCAACACACCCAUCACCAUCUUUGUCGACGGCCACAACCCCGAGGCCCAGGCGCUGACUGCCCUCCUCCACCUCCCUCUAGUCCAACACUACGACGCCGUCCCCAGAGGUUCGACAAAUCGAAUCAGUUAUCAUGUAAGAUUUGUCUUAACGAAGGUGUUUGAGCUCUACCCUGAGGCCGACAAGGCUAUCAUCCUCGAGGACGACCUCGAUCUCUCUCCGGAUUUCAUCCCGUACUUCCACCAAACAGCUCAACUGCUCACAUUAGACCCAAAAUUACUGUGUGUCAGCGCCUAUUACAGCAACGCCUUCAACCACACCGCCCUCGACCCCACGCGUCUCUACAGGGUCCACGGAGCCCCUGCCUAUGGCUGGAUGGUCAGGAGAAAAGUGGCAAAUGAGAUGAUCAUCAACUGGGCUCCUAUGAACCAGGUUACAGACUGGGACCUGUGGGUGCGAGAAAGAGUAAUGGGUGAUCGGGACAUCCUGGUGCCGGAGAUCCCACGCACCAAGCACCGUGGGGGAGGGGGAGUCCACGUCACCGGUAUAGAACAAGAGCAGUACUACAACCAGCGGCCCCUCAACGCUCUCCUCAACGUCACCCUCGACCUCCGCGGGGCAGAGCUGGACAACUACCUCAAGUUGCACACAAACAACAUCCGUACAGGACAUGUGGUGCACUUCAGUAAGCACCCGUGUGUGGAGCUGCCCAUACCCCGGCACCAGAUGAACCAGAGCUUCGUUGUGUAUGUGAACACGCCAUUCGAGAUGAGCUCCUCCAAGGCUUACUACGUUGUCGCCAGGUGUCUGGGAUUGGACGAUCAUUACUUCUUCGAGAACCUAGAGAUGAUGUUCACAACUUCCUUCUACGGUAACCAGCUUUACGUCAUCGGCUGUCCCAACUCCCCCUUCUGCAUGACUAGAAGAACAGAAAACAUCUACAGCGUGACACAAGAGGAUGUAGAUUAUGCUACCUCUUUUCCAUUCAGGAAGCUACCCAUAAUUUUGCACAUGACUUUUAGGAUACCAACGCUCUCACUGUCAGAGGAAAAUAUUCUCAGGAGCUUUGUGCGCUACAACAUUGUGUAA